CGAUUGACACGAGACAUUGCAGUUGAUGCCGGGUUACCUAAUUUUCCUAUCCCUCUUUUUCUCCUCAAAAACCCAGUUCUCGCUCUUCACCUUCGAAAUUCGCUCAAAAUCCAUGCUAAGAAUUUUUAAUUUGCAGGAUGAUCAUUCCGCAGGAGGGCAGAAUUCCUACUCUGCAUUGCAUACAGCAAGUUGCUGGUUAUAUUUUGACAGCUAAACAGACGUUGUUAGAGGAGAAGUAUACGUGUGACAUCCUCGAAAUUUUGAAGAGCCAUAGUCAAGAUGAUGAUAAUAGGAGUAUAAAAGAAAAUUUGAAGAAGCUUAUUCUAGGUGAAAACUAUACGGAUGAUGAAACCGAAAAUUCAUCCGAGGAAACUCCCGAAGGAAAGAAUGAUUGGAGCUAUUUUGAAGAUCAACUGCAUGAAUAUGUGGGUUCCUGUCAAGAAAUAUCACUUGAAAAAGUUGGAAUGUGGAUGGUAUGUACAUUACUCCAGCAGUUAUCUCUCUUUUUUCAUAUGAGUAUAUGACAUUUAAUAUUUGAAAGUAAUAGAGUCCUAUGAUUGACAACUUGGGUUGGGUUGAUCAGGAGAGGGCGCGCAAGAAUUGUUUGCUCCUCGCAAAUACAUUAAGUAGUGCCAAGGAGGUUGUGGACUGUUUAAACAAAAUAAUCAGCUGGCUUCUAAU